CCAUAUAUUCAUUCUUCCAUUCAACAACUACUUGCACACAAUAGAAGAUAACACAGAGACACUGAUUCAAAAUGGCAUCAAUCACCAUGACAUCUUCAAUCCUUGGCUGCCCAGCUGUAACCAAACGCUCAACCGUCGCAACACAGAGGAGAUUUGUUGUCAACGCUGUCCGUGCAGUUGAAGGGGAAAAGAUUGUCAGCUCUGACAAUGACAAAGAGGGUAGCAAUGGAAGAAGGGACUUGAUGUUUGCUGCAGCAGCUGCCGCUCUUUGCUCUGCUGCUGGUGUUGCAAUGGCAGAUGAUGAACCAAGAAGAGGUACCCCUGAAGCCAAGAAAAAGUAUGGCCCUGUUUGUGUCACAAACCCAACAGCUAGGAUCUGUCGCUAUUGAGUGGCUUUGAUGAUUUGUAAUGUACAAUGGAGCUGUUGUGUUUAUAUUUCAUUUUAAUCGUUAUUGUACUACUAUGCUAGUUGUUCAUAAAAGCAUAAACUUUGCCUUA